CUUUUUAGAUGCGACCUCAUGCAAAAUGUGUUUAGAAUAUUUAUACAUGGAAAACAACUUAAAGCGUUAUCAAAUGUGAUUAUUUAAGUUAUGUAUUGAUUUUAGCGAAGCCGUUUGUUUCAUUACCGACAUAUUUCUGGUUGUUCCAAAACAAACAUUGAAUAGGCGGAGCUCUGAAUAGAUUGACAGUUCAACUUCAGACUGAUCAAAACAGGUCUGCAAUGUGUUCUCGUUCGCUUAAAAUGUUUCAAAGGUCGUAAAUUUUACGUCUGUAUAAAUAUACAAGAGUAUGUAGAUUUAGAUUAGUCAAAUGCAAAUCUGAAUACACAAUGGAGAGAUUUUACACAUGCAGUUGCUUUUUCAGAGAUAAUAUUUUUCUUGAAGAGUACAAGCUUCAUGUUCGAUUCGUCUCAGAAAGCCAGUUUAGGAAGGACUAUCAAAAUAUCCUCAGAUCCAUGGGUUGUGUGUCUGAAUCUCAGUUGACAGACGUGAUUGGAAAGAUUCAUGCAGAAAUCGAGAGACGCCAGAAUCAUAAAUUGGAAUCAGCAGAGAGAGCAGCUACCAUUAAGGAGAUUUAUACACCUCUACAUCAACAUGUUUAUCAUCUACAGGAAUCAUUCCUGGCCCCAGAGCUUUUACAGAUGGUAAAAUACUGUGCUUCAAGUGAUGCAACCGUGGAAGGACUAUUGAAACUCAUCCAGACAGAAGCAGCACCAAGAGUCUACAGAUUCCCAGUGUUCCGAGAGGAAUUCUGUAAGGACCUUAUAGAAGAGCUGGAGCAUUUUGAACAGUCUGAUGCCCCAAAGGGCAGGCCAAACACCAUGAACAAUUAUGGGAUUCUUCUUAAUGAACUGGGCUUUGACGAGAGCUUCAUCACCCCACUGAGGGAGGUCUAUCUGCGUCCACUCACGACUCUGCUCUACAGCGACUGUGGAGGAAGUUGUCUGGACAGUCACAAGGCUUUCGUGGUCAAGUAUGCUAUGCGUGAAGACUUGGAACUUUGCUAUCAUUAUGACAACGCUGAAGUCACUCUAAAUGUAUCACUGGGGAAAGAAUUCACAGAGGGGAACCUGUUCUUUGGAGACAUGAGACAGGUGCCUCUGAGUGAGACGGAGUGUGUGGAAGUGGAGCAUCACGUAACUGAGGGUCUGCUUCACAGGGGCCAGCACAUGCACGGCGCUCUGCCUAUCUCUUCAGGCACACGCUGGAACCUGAUCAUAUGGAUGCGAGCUUCACACGAGAGAAACAAACUCUGCCCUAUGUGUGGUAAGAGACCCACGCUAGUGGAGAGUAACGGUUUCAGUGAUGGCUUCACCAUGGACCCUGAUGAUGACACUAGUAGGAUUGUGUCAUGUUCUUUAACAUGAUGUUGUUCAGUGCAUAUGGGUGCUGUUUUUGUCUAAUUUAUGGUCCUUUGCUCAGAGGUUGGCAAUCAGGAUUAAAAUUUGAUUUGGUCCAUUGUGCCUUUUUCUAAAUCAGUACCAAAGGUGUAAGUGUUUUUGUUCUUGAGUCAUUUUGACUGUAAAUGACCUGAUUAAAUAUUCAACUGAUUGUGAA